AUGAAAGAUCCGGGUGUGAAACCAGAACCAGUGGCUGAUUCGGAUCGCCAUGUCACAGAUGUUCCAACGGAUGUGAAGAGCGAGAGAAAAGAUCCGGUUGUGACUGAAGCCAGGAGCGGACGAGUUUGGAGUGACGAAGAGGAGAUAGCGGCUUUACAGAGCCUUAUGGAUUACGAAACCGUGACUGGGAUUGUUUUCCACGCUGAUCCUGAGGCGCUUUAUCAGUGGGUGAAGAAAUCUAUUGGCUUUGAUGUUGGUAAGUAUGAGUUCCUUGAUAAGAUUGCGGAUCUAGCUCGCACUUAUCAUCUUAAUGGGAAGGAGAUGGUAACAUUUUCCGGACCUCAUGAUCGCAAGUGCUAUGAUUUGACAAACUUUCUUUGUGGACCUAAGCGACAGUUUUCCAAACUAGAGGCUGCUUUUGUUGCACAAAGACAACUAGAAGAGUUGUUCGUAGCAGAGGAAGAAGAAGAAGAUGAAGAUGAAGAUGAAGAUGAAGCUGCCUGA